AUGAGUGGUGGAGUCCGGUUGGAUCUUGAUCCAAAAAAUGGUACUACCAAGAAAUACGACAUAGAACGUACUGAGAAUAGCACUGAUGGUAAAGUUCCAGAAGGAUAUAAGUCCUACAAAUAUGCCAAGCAAGAUUCUGGAUCCUUUAUUCUUUCUGCUUUUCUGUUUAAGGGAAACUUACUGCCGGGCGUACUACUCUAUCCGAUCUCAGUCACGUCUGUCAUAACUUACUUUAAGGAGAGUAAAUAUGGCAGGCUCCUGCUAGUAGAUAUUGCUGUCUCUGAUGGAAAACAUGUCUACUACUUAAAUCCAGACACUACUGCAAGAGGGGUAACUUUUACAGAAUUUGCACCUACAAAAAAAACUUCUCUGGAAACUGGUGAACUUGAUCAUGUACUCCAGAACAUAAAUACUAAUAAUGGAUUUGACAUCGGUAAACUAAUUACAAACUAUAGUACCACAGCAAAGAAAUUGUUUGGGGAUACUGACAUCAUAUUUGACCUUUCAAAGACAAAUGAUAAAUAUGAUUCUGAGGUCACCACCCAAAGUGUCAGUGUAAUAGACUAUGGUAUUAAAGUAGCCAGUACAUAUCCCAAAGUCGAUCAUACUCCUGCUAGUCAACCUUUUUAUGCCAAAGGUAUUAAGCUUCCAAAUGGUAAAUAUAUGAAAGUUAAGGGAGGAUUUCCAAAUGAAGGAUUCACAGGUUUUAAUGUAUAUUAUAAGGAAGACAACAAGAAUGUUCCUCUGUUGAUAGAGCUGAAGUUAAAGGUUCUGGCCACAGAUGCUGGAAACAGUUAUAUUCCUGGUUGGUACUACAUUUAUAAAACUGACAAUGCAAAUACUUGGGACAUUAUAAAAGUUACGGGUACCAGUAUAGAUAAUGAACUUCCAGAAUUACUCAAGAAAAUAUCCACCGAAAAUAACCUCGAAGUUGAAAAACUGCUUCCCGGUGUUAAGGAUCUUGAGAUAGAUCUGACACAAACUACCAAUUCGAACACAGGGGAAACCAAACACUAUGCCUCUGGCAAAACUACAGUUCACUACAAACAGGUCUCAUUCAAUGAAUACAAAGCUAUAAGACAUGCCUCUGCAUUUCCAAGUUUUACUGUGAAUAGCAUUAAAACGGGUUCAGGUGGUGACAUAACUAAAGGUCAACUUCCUCCGCCUGGCACACUACUUUCAAAAUUAAACGCCUACUACAAUGAUUCAUCUCACAGUCAGUUAGUCCUUAUUGAGCUUAUUGGUUUCCACGAUCCUAGUCUUACUAAUUAUCCAAAAUAUGUCUAUUACUAUUACAAUGAUGGUACUAAAUGGGUAGAUUAUCUUCUGAGCACAACAGUCAGUUCACAUGCAGCUGAUAUGGAAAAUGUCAUAAAGCACGUUAGAGCAAAUAGUGGAAAGAUAGCCCCUGAAAAGCUUGGUGAGCUCAAAAGCAAACUUACCAAGUAUACACCAGAUAAAAUCGAAAUUGAAUCUAGUAAAAGCGGGUUAACUGACAUCACAUUCGAUCUUUCCUAUAAACCCAAAGGGAAUGACGGUAGAUCUCAAGCUACAUACCAGUCAGGUAAUACAGGCAUUAAAGUAAGUUCUGCUACGAACAGCUCCAUUCCCCAAUACCCUAGAGUCAAACAUGAUCUUUCUUCUUCUGGUGCUAAAUCCUUCACUGUUGGAGGUAUACAACUCCAUGAUGGACAGGAUAUGGAAGUAAAUGGAGGGUUACCAAAAGAAUCCAUGACGAACUUUUUCGUCUACUAUUCCAGGGAAAAUUAUGAAAAAUAUGAUGAUCCCCUCCUUAUAACACUUACCAUAUCUAAUGAAAAUGCAGAUGAUUCGAGUUAUACUUCUGACAGAUACCUACUAGUGAAAUCCAAAGAUGCCACCAAAUGGGAUGUAUACUUAGCCCGUAAAUUUGAAGAAAAUGAUGAAAAUCCAGAUCUUACGACAAUACUUAAAAACGCAUCUGACAAUGGAUUCAACUUUGAUGAACUUGACCAAGAAGUAAAAAAGAAACUCAUCAAAUAUCCACUAAGCAGAUCCAGAAAAUCUACACUGCGACAGGUUCUUGAAGGAUGCGGGGAGACAGGUGCAGCUGGAGGUGUUGGAGCUGAAGCGUACAACUUCUUCUUCAACCCGAACAAAAGUGCUACGAGACAAAUAAUUAGAUUGUUAACAACACUAUUUUAA